GUCGCAAGUCCCUUAAGCACGUGGAGGAUGGAGCCACAACACGACCUCGCCGCCGAGCUCGAACUCGUCAGCGCAUCCCUCCUCCCCUCCGAGAUACUCCACAGCCACGUCUCGGCAGACCACACCGUGUUCACCGUCACCAGCUCCGACAGCCAGCUCUCUUUAUCCGUCACUGUGGGGCAAGGAUUUCCGAAGAAAGAGAGUGUGGCCGUGGAAAUCAAGGGUGGUCAGAUGGGAAGGGACGAAGCUGCUGGGUGGAUUGACUGGGUCCAGGGCAAGCUUGACGACUGGGAUGAGGACCAGGACUAUCCGCUCUACGAGGCGAUGACUACACACUUUCUCCCUCUUCUCGCCCCAGUAGGCACUACCCCGUCGCCUCCCCCCUCGAAGCCUCCUGCAUUGGCUCCUGAUGUCCCAGCCGUACCUCACCACGCUCUAAUGGUCUCUCACCACCUUUUGGCACCUUCCAAACGAAAAGACCUUCAUGCCUUAUCCUCCUCUUUGUCCUUGAUAGGCUUCUCAAAGACGGGCCAUCCGGGGAUCAUGUAUGCCAUAGGCGACCUCCUUGAUCUAGAGGAAUGGAUCAGAGAAGUCAAGUCCUGGCAAUGGCUGGCUUUGCGCGUGCGCCUUGCCCCUCUUCCCGUUCCAGAAGAAGCGGGGAACGUGGUGCAGAAGGGUCAAGAAACCGGUGCUCGGGGAGGAAAAGGCCGAGGGGAAUGGAGCGAGAUGGAGAAGGUAGGGGAAGCUUUGGAAUGGCUUAGGAAGAGGGGUGGAGAAGAGAGGGCAAAGGUGCUCACGGAUAUCGGCAUCGGAGCGGGUGGGGGUAAGGGUUGAGCCUCGAGCAUCCCGACAGUCCUCCCCUGGCUGUGUCAGUCAGAUCAUACUCCCUGAAGACAGCCCACGAAGCUGUCCUAGCUUGGACAUACGUCUCGCGCUGUCAUGUCUUUGCAGGGGCGACCCAAGCUCGCGGGCGGGAUGCCCAUGCAAGCCCAGACCCUCGACCGGUGAUCCCACCUCGCUCUGUUCCCAACCCAGACAGCUGUAGUCAGCUGGAAUAAUCAGCCGCUUGCGAAAGCUGUUGUGGCUUCGAUCAUGCAUUGCAGCUCUGCAACAAUCUCCCCUUGACCGUUCGGCUAUACUGAAGGGCUACAUCCAUUCUUCCCCACUGACGCGCGCAGGCAUCUCAAUAUCGAUUUGGCAGAAGAGACG